AUGGCCAUGCACUCGGACAAGUUGAUGUCCCUUUCCUAUACCACUAAUACCGAUGUUCUCGAUGGGGAGGGAGCGGCAGAUUGUCUCUUUGUACCACGGGCUCCUUCAGACCCCCGUCUUUCUUGUCUGGUGGUGAAUCCUAGCAGCUCCAAUGAGAAGGAGGCCAGCGAGCCCGACUCGCCUCCCAAAGCGACGACGGAUGAGAAGAAGACGUGGAUUAUGUCUCCCAGCCUCUACUAUACACUCGACUUUUUGAACCUGGGUGAAAUGCUUGACCAUUGGCUUAUGGAACGGAAGCCACGCUAUCGGCGGUUCCCAAACCUGAUGGGUCUUGGCGCGCAAGGUCCUCCCGUCAUCGAAAUUCGCCCGUCCAGCGACGACAGCGACGACGACAGGCUGUGGGACAGGUUUUUGCGCUAUCCCAACACCCUAUAUCAUGACGAAAAGUCCCGAUAUGAUCUAUCAAACUGUUCAUUUGACAGGCUCGAAACAGUCUCUCUCAGGUCUCUGCCCAGCGAAGAAACGAUCAACGAGCGCAUUGGGGAUUUGCUCCUACGGUAUGGGAAGUAUACGGGGAUGUACUGGGGCGGCAGGCCUGCGGUAUACUUGGUUACUAGCGUCAAGGUCGCUCGAGGAUUCAGGUCGCAUCCAACCCAGCCACCCGUUGACCUCGUUUAUGCCUAUCAAGCACACGUCAUCACCCUGAGGGGGAUGCGGCGGGGCCCUACCCGAACCCAUGUGUACUGCCGUCCCCGGGGUACCUUUCGCUACGAUGGGGAGUACAAUGCAGAGAAACGUGGACGGAACGAAUUGCACAUGAUAGAGAUGGAAGACUUCCUCUAUGAAAUCAGACGAGCGUAUAAGAAUAGAUUCAAAGUUGAGUUGACGAGGGUGGUGGAUGGUACGGAGACGUGCAAUGCUGUCGCAUACCAGCCGUUGGCCUGA